AUGUACGUCAUCCUGACUCUUGAUAUCUUGCAACGGUGGCCACUGACAUUGUUUCAGACCUCCAGAUACGAACGAGAUGAACGUAGAGACCGCGACCGGGACCGAAACCGAGAUCGAGGCGAGCGAAGACGAUCAAGAUCUCCACAUCACCGUUCAUCGCGACGCGAGUACGAAGCGGACUCCUAUUCCUCGAGUCGAGACUAUCGGGCGCGCGAAAGAGAGGACAGACACGGAUCGAGGCGAGACGAUCGGGAUUGGGACAGAGACAGGGGCCCAAGACGUCGUGACGACGACAGGCCGCCCAGGAGGGAUCGCGACUUGUUCGAUGACCGCCGAGGGGCCAACCGUGAUCGUGAUCGGAGCGGGCGAGAGGACCGCGAUGAAUUCGCUGCUCAAGCUCGAGGUCGGAAGAACAGCCCUCCUCCGAAAAAGAGGGAACCUACUCCUGAUCUCACAGAUGUCGUUCCGAUAUUGGAGCGAAAGAGGAGAAUGACGCAGUGGGACAUCAAACCACCCGGUUACGAAAAUGUCACCGCAGAGCAGGCAAAGAUGUCGGGCAUGUUCCCUUUGCCAGGCGCCCCUCGACAACAGCAGAUGGAUCCAAGUCGGUUACAAGCCUUCAUGAAUCAACCAUCGGGCGGCGCGAAUGCUACCGCGCUAAGGCCGUCUAAUGCGCGCCAGUCAAGGCGAUUGUUCGUCCACAACCUUCCGGCAUCCGUCACCGAGGAGAGCCUGGUGGGUUUCUUCAAUCUACAGCUCAAUGGUUUGAACGUCACCAAGAGCAGUGAUCCAUGUGCACAGGCAAACAUUGCCGAAGAUAGGAGCUUCGCACUGGUGGAAUUUAAGCAGCCCUCUGAUGCGACAGUGGCGUUGGCCAUGGAUGGAAUCACAAUGGAGGAGCAUCAUUCUGAGAUGAACGGCAAUGGGGCUGCACCUCCCAAGGGUUUGGAAAUUCGACGACCCAGGGAUUAUAUUGUUCCAUCUGCAGAUGAGGAUGCAUACACAGAUGGCGAGAUAUCUACUGAGGUUCCCGACACAGCAAACAAACUAGCUAUCACAAAUCUGCCGCCCUUUUUGACAGACGACCAGGUCAUUGAGUUGCUAAAAGCAUUUGGAGAACUAAGAGCCUUUGUUCUGGUGCGGGACAGAGAUGCAACGGAAUCACGGGGCAUCGCUUUCUGUGAAUAUGCAGACCCAUCCGUCGCUACCGUUGCAAUUGAGGGUCUCAAUGGCAUGGAUCUAGCGGGCAAUGCUAUUAAAGUCACCCGUGCGAGUAUUGGAUACACACAAGCUGCUGGGCUUGAGAUGGGCGUUAACGCCAUGUCUAUGUUCGCCGGAACCACGGCUGAAAACUUGGAAGACGGGCGCGUCCUACAACUACUGAACAUGGUGACACCGGAGGAACUUAUCGAUAAUGAUGAUUAUGAAGAAAUCUGCGAAGAUGUAAUGGAAGAAUGCCAAAAGUACGGCAAGAUCCUAGGUAUGAAGAUUCCUCGCCCAUCUAUGGGCAGUCGGCAGUCCGCUGGCGUGGGCAAGAUCUUCAUCAAGUAUGAGGAACCUGAAUCUGCGAAGAAGGCGUUGCAAGCCCUUGCGGGACGCAAGUUUGCCGACAGGACCGUUGUGACGACUUAUUUCGAUGAGGCUAGUUUCGAUGUAAAUGCCUGGUGA